AUGCCAAGAUCUAAGCGUUCUAAGUUGGUAACUUUGGCUCAGACGGAGAAGAAAGGAAGAGAGAAUAAGGAACGAAUUUUCGAUGAGGUGAGGUCAGCGCUAGAUAAGUAUAGAUUUGUUUGGGUUCUGCAGUUGGAGGAUAUCAGGACACCGGUAUUGCAAGAAAUCAGGGGGGCUUGGAAUGGAUCUAAACUGAUUCUGGGGAAGCGGAAGGUUUUAGCGAAGGCCUUGGGAGCUAAUCGGGAGACGGAAUAUAAAGAGAAUAUUCAUCGAUUAGUCAAAUAUUUUGAUGGGGUUACUGGGUUAUUGUUUACGGAUGAGGAGCAGGUGACUGUUGAAGAGUAUUUCAAGGCGUAUGUAAAGGCGGACUACUCGAGGGCAAAGUCGAAGGCUCCUUUGACGUUUAAGAUUCCUGCCGGGGUGGUGUAUUCUAGAGGAGGACAGACGCCGGAGGAAGAAGAUAUACCUAUGGUACAUUCUUUGGAGCCAACGAUGCGUAACAAGUUUAAGAUACCUACAAAAAUUAAGAACGGCAAGAUCUUUUUGGAGAAUGAGUACUUGGUAUGCGAGAAGGGUCAAACUUUAGAUGUGCGUCAGGCAUUGAUUCUAAAGCAGUUUGGGAUUGCUGCUGCUGAGUUCAAGGUUAAGAUACCAGCUUUCUACGACAAUAAAUCGGCAAAUAUGGAGGCCAUAGGUAUCAAUAUGGAAUAA